GGCGUGGCAACGGGGGAUGGGGGAAGGGGAGUGGAGGAAACAGUCCCCCUACCUGGUCCUAAUACUGGCCGCUGCUUGCUGAGCCCCCGCCAAGGCCGGGCUGAGUUAGCAGGGACUCCAGAGGCCAGCAUGUGGGGGCCAAACAGACCUGGCUCCCAGUGGCUCUGGCCUUGACCAAGGCCACAUGGCUGACCAGCAGCAGAGCCUGAACUCAUGCACCUGCUGCCAGGGCAUCCACACUGAGGGGCCUGUGGGCUUCCUGUGCCCUCUCUCCUGACUGCAGGUGAAGCCAGAGGUCCUCAGCCACCCAGAGAAGUUCUCUCUCAUCUACUCGGCCCACCCCUUCAUCGUGCCUGGCGGACGCUUCGUUGAAUUCUACUACUGGGACUCCUACUGGGUGAUGGAGGGGCUGCUCCUGUCUGAGAUGCCCCAGACGGUGAAGGGCAUGCUGCAGAACUUCCUGGACCUGGUGCGGCUCUAUGGACACGUCCCUAACGGGGCCCACGUGUACUACCUGCAGCGGAGCCAGCCUCCCCUCCUGACUCUCAUGAUGGACCGCUACGUGACCCACACCAACGACACCGCCUUCCUCAGGGACAACAUAGGGACCCUAGCCUUGGAACUGGACUUCUGGAUGGAGAACAGGACCAUCUCUGUGAGCUCGGGGGGCCAGAGCUACAUCCUGAACCACUAUGCUGUCUCUUACGGGGGCCCCAGCCCACCCGCCUUGAGCACAGCCGGAGUCCUAGGAACAGCGGAAACCACCUUGCAACAAUGAGGCAAUGAACCUGAGGCUGAGUACCACAUGCUUCAGACGGCAGAGCGGAAAGUUGCAGACGGACUGGGGUGUCCGCAGUACCUGAGUUAUGACAGCCCCCGGGGCCCCCGUUAUAUAAAGAAAACAAACCCCUUAGUUGUUUAAGCCACUGGCUUUCAGUGUUUUGCCACUUCUGGCUGGAAAGUCUCAGCCGGGUCCUUCCGCUGAGGCCUUCUGGUCAGGACAUAUUCCUUUGUUCCCAUCACACGUCCAACCAUGUUCUGAUGUCCCAGCCAUGUUGUGGAGCUCUGCCUGCCUGGCCUAAUUCCAGGUGUGAGGAGCAGACCGAUUCAUCCCGCUCUCUGUCUGUCUGUCUCCCUCCCUCCCUGGAUCCAUGGAUCCAUACAUACGAGGUGAUGGCAAACUUGCUCAUCAACUACCUCCUGCCCAGCCUUUUCUCCCCAGAAACAGCCCCACACCCCGGACUUCUCAUCAGCCUGCAUGCAGGCUCCUCCUGGAGUCUCUGAGAGCCGGGAGGCCAGCACGGGGUGUGCCUGCCGGCUGGAAAGUAAUACCCAGCUUCUGCGGUGCUGGUGAGGUUCCAUUUCAUGACCCAACGACCAGCUGUUUGCUUUACAACGAUCUGUGCACUGCUGGAUGCAUUUUACUCAGUUUCCUCCAUUCUGCAUUAGUU